AUGGACAUUCCCAGGAGUCGUGGGCCCAGCGAGCCCCGCCCACCCCCGCAGCCUCCGGGCCCCCCACCCCGCCGCGCCCACCGCCCCCAGGACCUGGCGCUGCUCGUGGCCCUGCUGGGGGCGCUGCUGACCGCCGCCGCCUGGUGCUACGUGGGCUCCAGGGAGGCCCAGGCCGAGGCGCGGAGGGAGGCAGCCCGGACACCUUGGAAGACCAUGUUCUUCUUUUCCGCUUUGGACGUGAAUAGGGACAUGUACAUCAGCCCUGAGGAGUUCAAGCCCAUUGCUGAGAUGCUGAGAGUGGUAAAGCCUAUCACUGACUUCAAGAAGGCCAAGAAGUUGAUGAAGGAGGAGAGUUCCUCUCUCAAAGAGGAGAUGCUGACUAUAGUAGCUCGAUUCCAGCCGCUGCUACUAAAUACCAUGACAAACAGUAAAAAUGGUUUCAAAGAGAUUUCUGACAUCAUCCUAUCUGGGCUAAAAAGCUGGACAGCCCCUGCAUCGUCAUCCAGCGUAUUUUCUGUCAGCCAGUUCAAAGCCUUCUUGCCCCCAAGAAAUGAUAUGGAGUUGGGUGAGCCCUGGUGGAUCAUUCCAGACAUAAUGAUUAAUAAGACAAGUGUAUACCUCUCUAACAACCGCUUCUAUCCACCACCUCCCAAAGGCAAGGAGGUCAUCAUCCACAGACUGUUGAGCAUGUUCCACCCAAGGCCCUUUGUGAAGACCCGCUUUGGGCCCCAGGGCACAGUGGCCUGCCUCACUGCCAUCAGUGACUCCUACUACACCGUGGCUUUCAGGAUCCAUGCAGAAUUCCAACUCAACCAACCACUCCACUACCCUUUCUGGUUCUGUCCAAGCCAGUUCACUGGACACAUCAUCCUCUCCAAAGAUAGCAGCCAUGUCCAAGAGUUCAAGCUCUUUGUACCCAAUGAAAGGUCUCUGAAUGUGGGUAUGCAGUGGUUGUAUGGGCCAUUGAGGAAUCCAAAUGUGGACCUUGGUUAUCUCCCUCAGAUGGAGCUGGAGGCCUCUGGCCCUUCAGUGCCAUCGGUGAUCCAGGAUGAGAAGAACAAUGAAACUGACAGCUGUCUGCCCUCAGAGGAGGCUGUCCAGUUUGAAAUCGAGGAUGUUCUGUGGCAGCAGGAGCUGAGCAAGGAGGAAGCUGUCCAGCAGCUGGAGAGGGCUAUGUAUGCCUUCAAGAAGGUCCAAUACUUACCUUUCACCAAAGCUUUUGACAGAGCUAGAGCUGAAAACAAGCUGGUACACUCAGUCAUUCUAUGGGGAGCCCUAGAUGACCAGUCUUGCUGAGGUUCAGGGCACACUCUUCGGGAGAUUGUCCUGAAAAAUUCAUCAGUCCUCACCCUCCUCAGUGAGAAAUUCAUCAGCACUUGGUCCCUUUUGGGGGACCUAGAAGUGAUACUGAAUGAAGAGAAUGAAUUCUAUAAGAAGCUGGCUAAGCUGCAAUUGGAGAAAUACAAGUUCCCUGUGGAAUCACUGGUCUGCCUGCCCAAUGGAACAGUGGUCAACAACAUCCAUGCUAAUGACUUCUUGUUCAAGACUCCCCCAGGACAUCAGGAGAAUGAAAAAGUCUUAGCUAUAUACUCCCCUAUGUCCUUCAAAUCUCCAGAGAUCUAUGAAGAAUUCCUGAGAGAGGGACUACUCAGAGCCCAGGCCUUUCUCCAGCCCUAA